GGCACUGCCUCAGACACCUCUCCCAGCAAAGCCGGCAGCCGUGAGAAGCCAUGGCACCCAAGAAAGCCAAGAAGAAGAUUGAAGGUGCUAAUUCCAAUGUCUUCUCCAUGUUUGAGCAGGCCCAGAUCCAGGAAUUCAAAGAGGCCUUCACCAUCAUGGAUCAGAACCGGGAUGGCUUCAUUGACAAAGCAGAUCUCAGAGACACAUUUGCUGCUCUUGGGCGCCUGAAUGUGAAAAAUGAGGAGAUUGAUGAGAUGAUAAAGGAGGCACCCGGCCCAAUCAACUUCACUGUUUUCCUCACCAUGUUUGGGGAGAAACUCAAAGGUGCUGACCCAGAGGAGACGAUCCUGAACGCGUUCAAGGUGUUCGACCCAGAGGGGAAGGGCCUGAAAUCUGACUACAUCAAAGAAAUGCUGAUGACACAGGGAGAGAGGUUUUCCCAGGAGGAGAUUGAUCAGAUGUUUGCAGCCUUCCCCCCAGACAUGUCUGGCAACCUGGACUACAAAAACCUUGUCCAUGUCAUCACACACGGCGAGGAGAAGGACUAGCCCGGGGUCCACCAGGUCACCUCUGUGCAGGUGGCACUGGGGGGAGGAUUUCCCUUUGCCUCUCCCCUCCCUGGGAACACCUGAACAUCAUCCACAUUAAACUGCCUUUUGGCCAGAGGA